AUGCCCUCCAUCCUCUCCGACGACGACAAGCAAACGGUCAAACGCACCGUCCCCAAAGCCACCAACAAAAUCCACGCCGUCGCCGUCGCCAAACUCUACAUCUCCCUCCCCCAAACCCCGCAUCCAACCUGGCAACCCACCAAUCUCCAAGGCGCCCUCGUCCUCGCCAACGACCUGGUCGGCAACACCUUCUGGCUCAAACUCGUCGACGUCAGCCCGGCCAACCGCGGCGUGAUCUGGGACCAAGAAAUCUACGACUCCUUCCAAUGGUUCCAGGAUCGCACGUUCUUCCAUUCUUUCGAGGGAGAGGAGUGUCUGUUCGGGUUUUCGUUUGUGGAUGAGAAGGAGGCGAGGCAGUUGCGGAAGAAGGUGGAGGAGCGGGAGAAGAAUGCGGCCAAGGGGACUAAAGGGAAGGCUUUUGCGUUGGGGCCGCCGCAGAGUGCUUAUAGUUCUGGUGGGAGGGUGCAGAGUUUAGUUGGGGGAGGGCUUGCGGGGGCUGGUCUUGGGGCAGGAGGAGGUGUUGGUGGUGGUGGUGGUGCGGCAGGAAAAAGUCAUGGGAGGUUUGGGGGUCUGUUUCAUCGGCAUAGUAGUGCUAAUGCCACUGCGCAAACCGGACCAUCACAGUCAAUCAUCCCGCCCCGGGGCGUGGAAAUCCAUAAUAGCAAUUCCAACAGCUAUAACGCCUCCCCCAAUACCUCCCGACCCGCGAGCGCAAGCGGCAUCGAUCUGAGCGAUCCGGCUGUUCAGGCCGUCUUGCAGGAUCUGUUACAGAUGGGUAUCACGGAAGAUCAGAUAGAAGAGCACGCGGAUUUCAUCCGCACAUAUCUGGAACAGAACAAGGCCACGGCGGCCGCGAACCAGGAGAAGAAAGAUCGUGCCGCGAGGGCCCCUCCGCCUCCACCCCCUCCUCCUGCGGCAGCGAAUCUGAGCCCGCAGAACACCGGCUCUAGUUCCGGGACGUCGAAACGCGGGCCCCCGCCCGCUCCACCGCCUUCGCGUCGUGCCGGCGGCGGUACGACAUCUACUCCUUCUUCAGCUAUCCAACGCCCUCCAAGCCCAAGUCCCAGUCCACCACGCGAACCUUCCCCCCCUCGACCCCGGUUCCGCGCCCCGCCGCCUUUGGCCGAUGCGGGCAAAUUCGCUCAGACGCCUGAGUUGCCCACGAGGGGGAGGGCGGGGAGUACCGCCAAUGCUGCUCCUGCUGUUGGGAUCCCAGGUCCGCCGCCGCCUCCACGACCGCCGAAGACGCCGUUGAUUGAAGAUCAGGGGGAGGCUGCGGCGCCUUAUGCGCCGGCUUCGCGGUUUGCCGUCCCGCCGCCUUUUGAGGGAAAGCGGGUGGGUUCUGCUGGGUUGCCGCCGCCGCCCACGCCUGCGAGGAAUGUCGGAGGAGCUGCUGGAGCGGGAGCUGCGGGGGUUCCACCACCGCCUCCUCCCAGAGAUAGUCAUGCUUUACCCCCAGCUGCAGUGGGGGGGCUACCGCCUCCACCCCGGCCGCGAGCGAGUCCUAAUCCCAACUCGGGCGGUUUCGGGGACGGUCCCCCGCCUGCACCACCUUUACCUCCCCCGAAUUUCUCGCGACCCGUGCCUCCUGCACCGGGCGGCAGUGGACCGCCUUUACCGCCUUCGCUCCCGCCACCCAAUGCCAGUGCUGUAGGUGCUGGAGGCCCACCACCACCACCUCCGCCUCCUCCGUCUAUGCCACCACGUGGCGCGGGUGCUGGCCCACCGCCUCCUCCUGCUUUACCACCGCCUGGAGCUUCCGCUGCGCCUGCUGCGCCUGCUGCGCCGGGUCGAGAUGGCUUGUUGGCUGAUAUACAAAAGGGAGCGCGGUUGAAGAAAGUCUCGGAUGCGGAGAAGAGGGAUCGGAGUGCGGUGGCUGUGCCGGGGGGUGAGCCUGCGACGCCGGCUGCUGGUGCUGGUGCUGGGGCUGCGGGAGGUGGGCAGGAUGCGGCAAGUGGGGGGUUGGCGGGGGCGUUGGCUAGUGCGCUUGCGGCGAGGAAGAGUAAGGUUAGUCAUAGUGAUGAUGAGAAGGAUGAUGAUGAUUGGUAG